AUGCUGACCUGGGCAGUGUUCCUCCCCUCCUCUCUCCUCGACCAGAUCAGCCCAGAAGCCGGCCAGCUCGGCGAUGACGUCCUCUCGCAACAAAUCUUCGACUGGGUAACCGACGCCGAACACAAUCAGCCCCAUCUGCGUGGCUCGGGCCGAGACGCCUUUGGAAAGCCAGUGAGCGAGCUGGUUGUCACAGAGGGCUGGCGAAAGUUGCAAGAGUUCGGCAUCCAAAAGGGUAUCGUCGCGCUCAACUACGACUCCGAUUAUGGCCCGUACAAUCGACUCGUCGAGUUCAUCCGCUGCCACCUCUGGGAGGGGUCAUGCGCCAACACCCUCUGCCCAGCUGCCAUGCAGGACGGUGCUGCUCGGCUUCUCCAGCGUCAUCUCUCGAAGGAGACCGGCCUCUCCCCGACCGAACGCCGGGUCUUCCAGAACGCGUUCGACCAUCUGACCUCGCGCGACCCAACAAAGGCAUGGACUAGUGGGCAGUGGAUGACCGAGCGCACCGGCGGUAGUGAUGUUCCCAAAACCGAGACCGUGGCCACUUACGACCCCUAUCCGGACGUCUCUUCGACUCCUUUUGCCGACGUCGACGAGAAGAUCCUCCUCGGCCCUUGGUCCAUCUCGGGUUUUAAGUGGUUCUCGUCCGCAACUGACUCCCAGAUGACCAUCCUCCUCGCCAAAACCGACCCUUCCAAAGGCGUCAGCGCCUACUUCGCCCCGAUGCGCAGCCACAACCCUUCCCUCGUCUCCCCGACCGGCAUCCGCUGCGGCAGCGAGCUCUACGGCGUGACGAUCCAGCGACUCAAGCAUAAUCUCGGCACGCAGUCCCUCCCGACCGACGAGCUCGAGCUCAACAACAUGCGCGGGUGGCUGAUCGGCGAAGAGGGCCAGGUCAUCCGCGAGAUCAACACUAUCCUGACGAUUACCCGCGUGCACACCACCGUCUCGUCUGUCGGCUACAUGAGCCGCGCCCUCGCCGUGUCAAAGGGCUUCGCUCUCAUCAGGGAAAACUCGUAG